CGAGCGAGCGGCAGCCGAGAGCUGGGACGCGGGGAGCGCGGCAGGCGGGCGCCGGCGCCCGGGAGGUGGGGCCGCGCGGAGUCGCAGUCCCGUCCCCGCCGCCGCGCUGCGCACCGCCCGCUGCCGGCCUGCGCCCCGAGCCUUAGCGGCGGCCACCCCGACUCCCGACCCCGCGCGGAUGUGAGAUUCCCGACUCCUGGAGCUUCCCGAUCGCCGACUGAGGCGCGGCGCGGCUUCGCCCAGGAGGAGGCGGCCGGGCUGGCCGUGUGGCUUGUGGAUUUUUAAAAAUUUGGCUCCGAGGAGGACCAUUUCCUCUCGACAUGCAUCCCUCCGGAUAGACUGCACAUCCCUUGGUCCAUCCCCCCGCCCCGCGCGGUCAGAGGCAGGCGCUGGGUGUGCGAAGAGGAUCCGGGUUGAAAUCUGCGCCCCCGGUUCUCGUCCCCGCCCCGUCUCACCGCCCCCUCCCCCUCCCGGAGUCGAAAUUUCCCGGGGAUUAUGUUUCGGAAAGGUAGGUAAGCGCCGGGCGCGGAGCCCGCUUCCCCGCAGCCCGGACCCAGUGAGGCGGCGAGGCGACGACACAGCCCCCGCGGCUUGCAGCGGAGCCAGCACCUCAUCUCCUCUUCUGGAGGUGCUGCUGUUGGGGUGGGGGGGAGAGACUUGCUCCAAACACGGACGUCCCCCAGCUCUCCCCCCCUCCCUGUUUUCCGUUAGGAACCCAGCGAGGAAAUACAUGCACUGGCUGAGAAUCGCCCGCGCCAGGGCGCAACGCUACAAGGUGUAGGGAGAGUGUGCGGUGGGGCGAGAGGGGACCCAGGAGUCCCCGUGCUCGGAGCGCCGCGGCGUCGGUUCUUCGUUCCUGCCCUCGGGGCGGACGGAGUGACCCCGGCCCCCACUCCCCGCCCCGACCAUGGUAGUGUUCAAUGGCCUUCUUAAGAUCAAAAUCUGCGAGGCCGUGAGCUUGAAGCCCACAGCCUGGUCGCUGCGCCAUGCGGUGGGACCCCGGCCGCAGACUUUCCUUCUCGACCCCUACAUCGCCCUCAACGUGGACGAUUCGCGCAUCGGCCAAACGGCCACCAAGCAGAAGACCAACAGCCCGGCCUGGCACGACGAGUUCGUCACCGAUGUGUGUAACGGGCGCAAGAUCGAGCUGGCCGUCUUCCAUGAUGCCCCCAUCGGCUACGACGACUUCGUGGCCAACUGCACCAUCCAGUUUGAGGAGCUGCUGCAGAACGGGAGCCGCCACUUCGAGGACUGGAUUGAUCUGGAGCCAGAAGGAAGAGUGUAUGUGAUCAUUGAUCUCUCGGGGUCAUCGGGUGAAGCCCCCAAAGACAAUGAAGAACGCGUGUUCCGGGAGCGCAUGCGGCCCAGGAAGCGGCAGGGGGCUGUCAGGCGCAGGGUCCACCAGGUCAACGGCCACAAGUUCAUGGCUACCUACCUUCGGCAGCCCACCUACUGUUCCCACUGCAGGGAUUUUAUCUGGGGUGUCAUAGGAAAGCAGGGAUACCAAUGUCAAGUUUGCACUUGCGUGGUCCACAAGCGGUGCCAUGAGCUCAUAAUUACGAAGUGCGCUGGAUUAAAGAAACAGGAAACUCCUGACGAGGUGGGCUCCCAGCGGUUCAGUGUCAACAUGCCCCACAAGUUCGGGAUCCACAACUACAAGGUUCCCACCUUCUGCGACCACUGCGGCUCCUUGCUCUGGGGCCUCUUGCGGCAGGGUUUGCAGUGCAAAGUCUGCAAGAUGAACGUUCACCGGCGCUGCGAGACCAACGUGGCUCCCAACUGUGGCGUGGACGCCAGGGGCAUUGCCAAAGUGCUGGCUGACCUGGGCGUCACUCCAGACAAAAUCACCAACAGUGGCCAGAGGAGGAAAAAGCUCAUUGCUGGUGCUGAGUCCCCGCAGCCUGCUUCUGGAAGCUCACCGUCUGAGGAAGAUCGAUCCAAGUCGGCCCCCACCUCCCCUUGUGACCAAGAAAUAAAAGAACUUGAAAACAACAUCCGGAAGGCCUUGUCAUUUGACAACCGAGGGGAGGAGCACAGGGCAGCUGCAUCCACCGACGGCCAGCUGGCGAGCCCGGGCGAGAAUGGUGAAGUCCGGCAAGGCCAGGCCAAGCGCUUGGGCCUGGAUGAGUUCAACUUCAUCAAGGUGUUGGGCAAAGGCAGCUUCGGCAAGGUCAUGUUGGCAGAGCUCAAAGGCAAAGAUGAAGUAUAUGCUGUGAAGGUCCUGAAGAAGGAUGUCAUCCUUCAGGAUGAUGACGUAGACUGCACAAUGACAGAGAAGAGGAUUUUGGCCCUGGCGCGGAAACACCCGUACCUAACCCAACUCUACUGCUGCUUCCAGACCAAGGACCGCCUCUUUUUCGUCAUGGAGUAUGUAAAUGGUGGAGACCUCAUGUUCCAGAUUCAGCGGUCCCGAAAAUUCGACGAGCCUCGUUCCCGGUUCUAUGCUGCAGAGGUUACGUCAGCCCUCAUGUUCCUCCACCAACAUGGAGUCAUCUACAGGGAUUUGAAACUGGACAACAUCCUUCUGGAUGCAGAAGGUCAUUGCAAGCUGGCCGACUUCGGAAUGUGCAAGGAAGGGAUUCUGAAUGGUGUGACGACCACCACGUUCUGUGGGACUCCUGACUACAUUGCUCCCGAGAUCCUGCAGGAGCUGGAGUAUGGCCCCUCGGUGGACUGGUGGGCCCUGGGGGUGCUGAUGUACGAGAUGAUGGCUGGUCAGCCCCCCUUCGAGGCCGACAACGAGGAUGAUCUGUUUGAGUCCAUCCUCCAUGACGACGUGCUCUACCCCGUCUGGCUCAGCAAGGAGGCCGUCAGCAUCCUGAAAGCUUUCAUGACCAAGAACCCUCACAAGCGCCUGGGCUGUGUGGCGGCACAGGACGGCGAGGAUGCCAUCAAGCAGCACCCGUUCUUCAAGGAGAUCGACUGGCUGCUCCUGGAGCAGAAGAAGAUCAAGCCGCCCUUCAAACCUCGAAUUUUUGCUUCAGUGUGAAAGUCCCUCUUUAAGGUAAGGCCUCCAGAGUGGGGAGUCUUUCCAGGUAGGUGAGCCCUCAGGCCGGGUGACACGGAGGCCCCUUUCAACCUCAUGAUCUGUUCCAUCCAGCCAUCCACACUGCAUGGCGGGACCCCCAAGGGAGGCCUUUCCUGCAUGCUCCUGCAUGACUGGGCUGUGCUGAGAGAAAAGUGGGAAGUGGGCCUGAGACCCUCACACCCUCACCAACUCAGCGGCCGGAGGAGGAGCCCUGCCGAACAGGCAGCCCCUUCCCCUAAAGCCAGCCCACUGGCCAAGGGACCUCCUGAAAGCGUGAACCAUGAAGACAGAGCCCCGGGGACCAUGAGAGGCUGUCCUCAUCUUCCACCUGGCAGAGCAGGAAUGGGGCCCAGUCGGUCCCUGCAGACAUGUGAGGACAUCCCGCUGGCCUGUGUCCGUGCCAGAGUGAGAGCCCUUAGCCUCCGAGAGGCUGCAGGGUCCCGCCAAGAGCCAGGAUGCUGGCCCGGGGCUGGAGGGCAUGGGAGAAGUCCAGGAACCUGUUUUUAGUAGUUGGCCCAGGUGAUGGCAUGGAAAAGUGGACAGGGCACUCGCUUUCACCCCAGAGAGACCUGGGUAGGAAUAAAAUUGCUGUCCCAGGAUAGUCGUGUGAACCUGGGAAUUCACUUCCAGCCUCCUGGAGCCGCGACCUCCUUAUGUGUAAAAUGGGGUUGAGAAUACCCGCUCACAGAAUUACUACAGGGUUAGCUUACAAACCUCAGAUGUUUUGCAUACUACAGAUUCUCAAUAAAUUUUAGUUCCUGUCUCUCCAUUCAUCACCCCCAACCCAGCCUGUUAAAGCCCCUCUCCCUCUUAUCCCAAGACUCCAAGAAUCAAGAGUUAAGGAUUGCAGGAGGUGGUGUGGUAUUUGGAGGCUGGGGUGUGGAAUCAGAUGCAGCCAGGUUCUGAUUGUGGCUUUAGGAUCUUGGGAAAGUCACCUCAUCUCUCUGAGCCUCAGUCUGCUGAUCCAUAGAAUGGGGAUGAUAAAAUCUACCACACUGGAUUGCUGUGGGGAGAGGAAAAGCUAAUGAUGUGAGAUGAUCAGGAGAGCCCUUCACACACAGUGAGUGCUGGGGAUGGCACUGAUGCUGUCAGUGAUGGAGACAGUGGGGGCUCUAAGCUGAGGGAGGCCGGUCUGGACAAUAUUUCUGUCCCAAAGGGGUGGAGGGGCCAGGAGUUCAGAUGACGGAUGACACCCUGUGCUCAGGGGAACAGCCAUCCAUUACAGGGCAGAAAGGCAGAGACAGGCGGAGAACACAGUUCAGGCUCUGCCCGAGAGCCUCCUGGGCUUAAUUCUGGCACAGCCACUGGUCUGAGCUGGGAGAGUACUAGAAAGGAGGCGCUGCAAGACAGUUACUCACCCCAGAUGCCGAUAUUCCCAGUCGUUUGCCCCUUGGAAGACCCCCAAGGUUCCCCAACUUUUUUUCUGUGAACUUGCUCACCAGCUUUACUCUCCUUGCCUUUGGUCUCGGCAGUGUUUUUGCUGAGCAGGGCUGUGUGACUCUGAGUGCCCCAGCCCUGAAAUGGUAGCAGUCACAGCUUCCCAAGUAUUUCUAAGCUAAGCAGCCUCAGUGGGGCGUCCUUGACUCUACACAAGAGAUUACUCCAUCAGGGAAUUCUGACUGCAGGAGCGUCUCUGUGGCCAAGGGCUGGAGGGCCCACCUGUGCUUUACUUUAGUCCUCCCAGCACCCACCCCAGGGGAGGGAUCUGAGCCCUAGGCUGGGCAUUUCCAUAAGCUCCAAAGUUUUUAUUUAUGACUUAAUAGCUGUGAGGUUGGGAUUCGCCUUCAUGGAUUCACCAAACUAGUGUAUAUUGAAUUGAAUCUCCUCCCUGCCCCGUGGACACUUAAGGUAACACACACAUCCUACCUGGGAGCGUGGGACCUAGUAGGCUGUGCCUGAUCGAAAGUGGGGAGAGCAGGGGCCAUCGGAGAAGGUUCUCGAGAGUUGCUGGAUCUUGGCAGAGAAAGCCAGGAAGGGUUAGGAAGAGACAGCUACACGGGACAAGGCAUGAAAGAGAGAAGGGAAAGGCAGGAUUCAGAUCAGCUCUUCUUAAUGGGUAUUUAGUGAGCACGUGCUCUGUGCCUUCUGGGAAGGCCUGGAGGGGGAGGUAAACAUAGAAGAAAAGAAUCCCCUGCGAACACAAUCACGUUCACGUCACCGCGUGACGUGAGGCGCUUAGAUGGCAGGAGGAGAUAACUGAACACGAAAUACUUGAAGAAUACCAGGCAAUGGGAUAAAAUUCAGGAUUUGACUUUGGGAGGGGAGUCUUGAGGUUUGCCUGUUGAGGUUAGAGGACGGAACGGGAGAGAUGGCACGAAGAAGAUGGCCUCCCCAGUCAGGCCUCUGUGGGUCACAGGAGCCACUUCCCACCCGAGGUCUCAUAGAAGAUCUUGUCCAGAAGGGCCACGUAGCUGGAUGAGCAGUGCCCUCCUGCCUGUCUCUGCAGAGAAGGCUACAGGGUGGUCCUGCAGCCGGGGGGCGGGGGGGCAUAGUGGUCAGAGGCUGGAUAAUGUGCGUCAAAGUAAAAGCAGAUGGAAUCUCAAGCUUUUCCCAUGGAGGGGCUGCGUCCUCCAGCCCUCAAGCCAGCAUUUGCUCUUUGAAGGGUGUAGGCACCAAGGGACAUUUUGCCACCUGACAGGGUUCCCCCGUCCACACCAGCCUACAAGUCCAGGACCUUGAAACUCCAGGGCUGCAUCUGUCAUAGCGGAGGGAAGCUCUUGGAAACCCAGUUUUGCAUCUCGGGCGAUCAGUGCCCUGUUUACUCCCCAUUGUUUGUGCUGGGAUAAGGGGUGAUAACAGAAUUGGACUUGGCCUCAGCUUGACGCUCAAACGUUAUUCUAGAGUUCCAGGGUCUAGCAAACACACAUUGGGUUUGUGAAGCUUCAUUAAGGUUGUUCAUCAACCUCAGUCUCUUCAAAGAGAGAAGACCUGGCUCACAGGCCUGCAUCUUUUGGAGCCUGCAUGCUAUUCGGGUCCCUCCUUUCUGAGACCUACUCCACCCCCAAAGGGGUUUUCUUGAGCACAGAGCUUGGAUGUCAGUGGAGUAUUUCAGGUGUGUGAGCCCAGCUAGGCGUGGAGGAGGGUCCAGAAUGAUGGGGACAGUGAAAUAAGAUCAUUGCCUGAAGUAGGGAGAUGAGCAGAUAAGACUGGAGUGGGGACUGUCAGCUGAGAUGACUUAGAAAAUAAACCAGACCUUGACUGGGAGCUUCAGCCGCUCCUUCCUUCUCCCCGCAAGCAACUGGCACCUCCCCUAGUGUUGGAAACGACAGGAUUGAUGGUCUUCCUGGGGAGGUGUGGCAGAUUCAGGCUACAGGUACCCAGGUACCUAGGAUGUGGGUGUUCCACUGAAUGAUCCAGAAUACCCUCACCCCAAAACAGGAGAUUUCCGAACUUAGCCCCGACUCUGUAUCACAGGCAGUGAGCUAAGAGGAAAACACUGGACGGGGCUGGGUCCAGGUCCCUGCUGUGAGAGCCUGUGAAACCCUGAACAAGGCACUGAAUCUCUCUGCUCCUUUCCUGUAAAGUGAGGGACUUGCAUUGUCCCUAAGGUUUCUCCCAGCCCCAGGCACUCUGUGUAAACGUGCUCCAUGAGGGCAGGGAUGUGUGCAGGUUUUGAAUCAACUUUUAUUAUAAUAACAUUUACAGAGCUGAAAAGUUACCUGUUUAAAGUGUCCAUUUUUUUUAAUUUAUUUUGAGGUACGCGGGCCUCUCACUGUUGUGGCCUCUCCCAUUGCGG